AUGGAUUCGCCAAAUUCUCUGAAUCCGUACGACAAUAUGAGUUUAGACGAAAUCAUAAUAGCACAGUGUACUAACGAGUAUGAUGAUCAAUAUUUCAAAGAGUCCAUGGAUGGGGGUAGCUCAACAAGGUGGGGAAGAAAGAGAGCUCACAUUGAUAGAGGUCAUGUAGAAGGACACCCACGUUUGUUCGAUGACUACUUUUCUAAUGAAUCGGUGUAUACAGAAUAUCAAUUUCAAAGAAGAUUUAGAAUGCAUAAACUUGUAUUCCUAUGCAUAGUGAAAGCUCUAGACAAUCAUUCAGAGUAUUUCCAGAUGAGGUUUGAUGCAGACGAUAGAAGGGGGAUUUUUGCCAUUACAAAAGUGCACCACUGCUAUGCGAAUGUUGGCAUAUGGAGCGCCUGCUGA